AUGCCGUCGGCAACCAUUGAUAGCCAUGGCGUCUCGGGUGUUGCUGCAGCCGGUGCCUUUCUCGAUAACCUCCUCGCGCGUGCCGAAAUCGUCAAGCAAACAGCAUCGAUUGAACCGCCCCUGGAGAAAUCGGACUUCGACGAUGUUAGGCGACAACUAAGCGAUGCGCUAAGCUAUGAAUUCGUUGCCGAUGAACCCGUCGACGCGAAGAAGAUACAGCGCUUUGCCGUCAUCGAAACCGCCGCUCGAGACACAUUCAAGUCAUUAAUCGCAAUGACGCCGAUUGAGUCUCCCGCGUUCGUAAAGGUCUGGAAUCUCCUCGACAUCCUUUCCCUACUUUCCGACUUGGAACUCUGCGACCCCGCCCUACUCUUCUGGCUUGUCGAGGAAUUGCUCGAUAGUCAAACAAUUGCCGGCUGCCGAAAGGUGUUCGACUUUCUCGAGUCGCGCCGCGAGCGCAUCACCGCCAAGCAUUUCAAACAAAAGCAGCUCGUCAUCCUCCGCACCUGCAAUGAGCUCCUCCGACGCUUGUCCAGGGCCCUCGAUCCGGCGUUUUGCGGGAGGGUCUUCAUCUUCAUGUUCCAGAGCUUUCCCCUCGGAGACAAGAGCUCCGUCAACCUGAGAGGAGAAUACCACGUCGAAAAUGUCACCACUUUCGAUCAAGAGACUCCGGUGGUGGACGCGGAAAAGAUGGACGUGGACACGGAUUCGAAACCACAGAAAGACAAGCCCCUAGAUCCGGAUUCCCUGUACCCCAUUUUCUGGUCGCUACAAGAAAGCUUCAACCAGCCGAAGAAACUUUUCGAGUCGAGCCAUUUCGCCGCCUUCAAAGCUGGUCUUGAGGCAACCAUGGCGACUUUUUGGACCAUCAACCCGGAGAAGCCGACACGGAAAGAAAAGGACAAGCCGGAGGAGGAAAUGAAUCCUAGCCACAAACGAAAACGCGACGACGUCGAUGACGAGCUCGCCAGCGGCUUCAACCCCAAGUAUCUCACCAGCAGAGACUUGUUCAAGCUAGAGAUUAGCGACCUCGCCUUUCGGCGCAACUUCCUUGUCCAGGUGCUCAUCGUCAUGGAGUUCCUCUUGUCUCUUUCUCCAAAGGCAAAAGAAAAGCUCGCGGCCAUCAAGGCUCCAAACAAGUCGGUGACGUAUUCGGACCAGCAGUUGAGCGAAGAAGACACUAAGUGGGCGACAAACAUGAGGGCGGACGUCGUCAGAUACCUGCAGAAAGGGGUUGACGGCCCCUUCUUCGACCGGAUGGUUGGUACUGUCCUCGUUAGGGACAAGAAUUGGGUCCGGUGGAAGGUAGAAAACUGCCCGUCCAUCGAGCUCCCAACCUUGUCUCCUGGUACGUUCAUCGAGGCUAGGGCUGCGGCGACCAGACUGGCAAGGACGAGACGGCUGCCCAACGAGUCGCGCUCGCUCGAGUUUCUCGGCGACGAAGACGAGAAGAGCGCGAUGGAAAGGCUGAAGAACCCCGAACGGUAUAGCCUCCCAGAGCUUACCAGCUUCAAGGAUGCCAUUGACGACGACGAUUUCGACAUCGAGAGGGCCACCAGCAACGAAUCGAAAGCUUCGGCAAUAGAAAGUAAGGCCAGCAAAGCGUGGAGGACUCUCAGGAUAGCUAGCAAAUCCAAGCUAGUCGUCUUCGAUAAGAUCGAGGAUGACGAAAAGAUCGACAUCGUCUUCAAAGACCAUCCCAUCCAAGAGGCCGGUGUCGAGGAAGACGCGGCGAGCAGCGAAACGGUUUUCCCCGAGGAUCGCAGGGCGAUCGCCAUCGUGGAUGCCACCAGCAGCCCUGGCGCAAGGUCCGAGUUGGUAAAGCAAUUUAUUGCUGAACAUUCUCGAGUCUUUACGAGGGUUUCACCCCACGUCAUACGCGAGCCGCAGGAAGGCGAGGUUAAAGGGCAGGAUUACCAUUUUGUGGACGUCCAGGCAUUCAACGUCAUGCGGGACGGCGACCUAUUUAUUGAAUUCAACGAGGAGGGCGAUAAUGUCCACGGGACAAACAAGCGAAUGGUGGAAGCCAUCAUAGAGAAUGACCGGGUGCCGGUUAUGGAGAUGGAUCGUGAUGGCGCGCAACAGGUCAAAGACAAUGGUUUCGACGCGAGGUUCGUCCUGGUCGAGGGAGCCGAAGCGGAAGUGGACACCACUACACUCGAGUUCUAUGACUCGGUUGUCAAGGACCUUGACUCUCUGAAGGGUGCCAUAUUUGGGCCAGAGAGUGAAGCCCCAGCGGCGUCAGGAGACGGGGACACGCCUAUGGCGGACGAAGCUGCCCCAUGA